AUGUUUCUCACCUCAUUAGCAGACCAGCUUAUAAUCAUGAAAUUCCCAAAACUCAGCGGAGCUAAAGAGCAGUCCGAGUAUUUCACACCCGAAGCAGUCGAACGCUUCCCAAUUGAGGCAGCAGAAGCCUUUGAGCCCGAGGACGAGGUUAUCCGUCGAAUCCACCGUACCGGCUCUCCCCCCGGUACUCUCCUUUGUUCAUUCCCUGACCCUGCACCAGCGACAACUCUUAACCAGUUCCGUUUCCAGCUCUACCGCGAGAAUGGGGUGUGGCCUGGUCUUACCGGUUACCUCGAGAAGUAUGUGAACCUUACACACUUGGUCUGGAGCAUGUGCGCUAUACUUGCAGAUAGCAACAUCGAUCCAGAUUGGACAGGUACAUUUGAGAUGUGGCGCACGGAGUGGAGACAGUUCAAUAAGAGCUUUCAAAUUCACGGAAAUACGACGCGCACUUUGGAUGUCCCCCCUUCGCCAGUGAAUGUUAUUUGGAUUCAGAAGCCUAACAGCCUUAAAUUUGUGCGGAUUGGUCUAAGUGAAUACAAGGAGAAAUACGGUGAUCGCGAGAUUCUGCAGGCUCUCUGGAGGUGGAUGCUGUAUGAUGUGCCAGCUGAAGCUAUUGUUGAAGGGACUUAUAUCAUUAAGCUUGGGCAUGAGUCUUGGUUCCCCAAGGAUUAG